CAGAUCUCGCGUUGUGUUUUUAUCACCAACAGCUGAAGGCCGAAAACAUCCGACACCAUGGCUCCGUCGCGACGCUCCUGCUCGCGUUUUUACCGACCCAAACGCUCAACAGGCAGUAGGGUUUAUUAAUCGAAGUAUUCACUCUUUUACCUUCAGUUUUUACAAACGGUUUACUCAUGAGUGACGGCUGCCGCUCCGCGUAACGCGCACAAAGCGGAGAAUAUGGAGUGAACGCGCGUCGAGCGGCCGUUAAACCGUCAUAACAAUAACAAUAAACCCGCUAUGGCGCUGUCUGUGAUCCAGGCGUGUCGGAGUCUGGCUCUGUCCACCUGGCUGCUGUCUUUCUGCUUCGUUCAUCUGCUGUGUUUGGACUUUACGGUGGCCGAGAAGGAGGAAUGGUACACGGCGUUCGUUAACAUCACAUACGUGGAUCCGGACACGGCCGAGGUUCGGACCGAGAAAACGGAGUGCGGGCGAUACGGGGAGCAUUCACUCAAACGCGAGGCCAGAGGCGUGCUGGCGAUGCCCGCCGCGCCGCACGACAGACACGCGUGCGACCCGAGCGGCAGAUUCACACCGCGCGCGCACGGCGCCUGGAUCGCGCUCAUCAGCCGCGGAAACUGCACGUACAAGGAUAAAAUCAGACACGCCGUGGGACACAACGCGUCAGCCGUGGUCAUAUUCAAUGUGGGUUCCUCCAACCCCAAUGAGACUAUCACCAUGCCGCAUCAAGGCAUCAGUGACGUGGUGGCCAUCAUGAUCCCGGAGCCCAAGGGCCGAGAGCUGGUGCUGCUGAUGGAGAGGAACAUCACGGUCCACAUGCACAUCACUAUCGGCACACGAAACCUGCAGAAGUACGUGAGCCGCACCUCAGUGGUGUUCGUCUCCAUCUCCUUCAUCAUCCUCAUGAUCAUCUCGCUGGCCUGGCUCGUCUUCUACUACAUCCAGAGGUUCAGAUACGCCAACGCCAGAGACCGCAACCAGAGGAGGCUGGGAGAUGCUGCCAAAAAGGCCAUCAGCCAAUUACAGGUGCGCACCAUCAGGAAAGGAGACCAGGAAACGGAGAGUGACUUUGAUAACUGUGCUGUUUGUAUCGAGGGCUACAAGCCUAAUGAUGUUGUGCGAAUUUUGCCCUGCAGGCAUCUGUUUCAUAAAUGCUGUGUGGACCCGUGGCUGGUGGACCACCGGACGUGUCCCAUGUGUAAAAUGAACAUCCUCAAAGCCCUCGGCCUCACGUCGAGUGCUGAGUGUCUGAAUGAGCUCCCUCUGGACUAUGAGCUGGCCGUUGGGGGCGUGGCUCUCAAUGCUAUGGUGAUGAGUGAUGAUGUCAUGGCGGGGGAUGUGGGCGGGGCCCGUGACCCCGGGGUCAGGAUGGUGGGUCUCCCUCAGGUCCUCCUCGACUCUGAGCCUCUUUCGCAGGACACCAUGCCAACUGAACAGAGUGAGUUACAGCCAAUAGCCAGCGGGAGUUCAGAUGUCUCCCUGACAACGGGGGCGGGGCAUUCAGAUAUUGACACACCCACUGACGACCCAAAGUGCUGAUCUGGCCACGCCCCUAGAUCAAUAGUUUGUCUAAGCGCAGCGAUGGGCUGGAAAGAGCUUUAAUCUCAGUGGAAGUCUGGCCUAUGUCUCGCUGUUUAACAAACACACUGCCUGUUACUUUCAUUUCCUCGUUCUCUCCGAAAAGCAGGGUGAACUCUCUUCUUUCUCCCCUUAAGUGUGAACAAUACAGUACACACUACAGUUACAUACUUGAGCUAAAGCACUUGGCGAACGUUUGACAAUCAGAUCAUAUCUUUAUCUCUUUCCUACCGUCGCAGUGUUGUUCGCUGCCCGUUUUACCAAUGUCUGUGAUCCCGGUGCAGCGCAAAACAAAAACAAGGUGUUAAAGACUAUUUUGAAUCCCAAAAGAUGUGGUUUAUUUUUUUAUUGAGAAGUGUUUUGAUGUGCUUGAGUUCUGCAGUAUUAAAUACAAAUGAAAAAAAAGAGAGAGAAAGAGACUGUGUCAGUAUUUGGAGGCCUUCCGUUUGGAGAUUUAUUGUUUUUGUGGGACUUGGCCCUCACCAAAGACGCCUGGAUGGACGUUGUGCGAGACAAAACGGUGGGACUUUCUAGGAAGUGCUCUUUGGAUUGUGUGGAGGAGGUCAUGUGAUGUUUGCUGUGCAUGCCACAUGCCCGAUCCACCUGUGCUUUCAGUGGAGUUCCUUUAAAGGGAUAGUUUACUCUCAAAACAACAUUAUUUACUCAA